AUGGAGACAAGAAAUGAAACAUUAAGCACAGACUUCAUUCUCCUGGGUCUUUUCCCUGGAAUGAGACAUACUGGCAUCCUUGUCUCUGUUAUCCUCCUCAUCUAUACCAUUGCCAUCACAGGAAACACCACCUUGAUUCUUCUUAUCUGGGCAGAUUCCCGUCUCCAUACCUCCAUGUAUUUCCUACUUAGCCAACUGUCUCUCAUUGACCUGGCUUUUAUCUCAAGUAUAGUACCAAAAAUGGCGGUCAACUUUUUCUCAGGGAAAAAGAAGAUCUCCCUGAUCAGCUGUGGAACACAGAUUUUCUUCACUUUGACUCUGGGUAUUGCUGAGUGCAUCCUCCUGACCCUUAUGUCUUAUGAUCGCUAUGUGGCCAUCUGUAAUCCUCUCAAAUACCCGAUUAUUAUCAGCCACAGGGUCUCCCAGCAGAUGGCUGUUGGAUCCUGGUUGGGAGGGGCUUUAGCAUCCUUGGUUCACACAGCCUAUUCCAUGCAUUUCCCUCUCUGUGGGACCCGAGAACUCCACCACUUCUUCUGUGAAGUCAAGGCCAUUUUGAAGUUAUCCUGUGAGGACAUCUCUGCUUAUGAGAAAGGGGUAGUAGUGACGAGUAUUAUCGUGGUUCUUCUCCCCAUAAGCCUUAUUCUGAGUUCUUACACCCUUAUUUUUCUCCAGGUCCUAAAAAUGAACUCCCCUGAAGGCAGAAAAAAGGCACUGGCUACCUGCUCUUCACAUCUGACCGUGGUCAUCUUUUACUAUGGCCCAGCCAUGCUGAUAUACAUGAGGCCGGGAUCUUCCCACACCCCUAUCCUGAAUCAGGCCCUCUUUAUGUUUGACACUAUCCUUACACCCAUGCUGAACCCACUCAUCUACAGUCUGAGAAACAGGGAAGUGAUGGGCUCACUAAAAAAGAUGUUAUUGAGGUGCUCCAUUUUAAAAUAG